CGUUUACAGUAAUUUUUUCAGUGUAGUUCCUCUGGGAUACCACUUUUAUUCUCACCUGGCAAAGGCCACGAAACUACGUGGAUUUGAUUUGAUUUUUCUUUGGUUCAUGAAGAAGCGCAUGGAGUCGUCAAGUUGGGGAAAACUACUUGAGAUGGAAUUGAAAUUGAGAGGAAUUUUGCAGUUGGAUCAGAAUUCUUUGAAUCUUGAACUAAAAUUGAUGCCCCAGCCUUAGGUAAUGAUGAAGGGAAGGGUUGACUUGAGGCAUUCAAAGAAUUUGGAAGGAUGUAAGCGGAUAUGAAACUUGCUGGGCUAGAAUCAACGUGGAUAAACGAGCAUCACAUUUGUUAUCCCCAAAUGCCCAUGGCCAAUAAGGUCCUUGUAGAAUUUGGGUGAGCCUCCAUCUAAUUUUUUAAUUACUCAAAGACAAAACAGCGACUAAGAUGUAAAUUUAGUUUAAUUAUUGAUAAUUUAGUCGAAGAAGGUAUGGUUUAAGGAGGCCCACGAACUAGCGAAGAAGUUUCCGCAGAGAAUUUCAGGUACGUACAUCAGCAAUUUGUCGAAUGCGAUGUUGUUUUAAGCCUAGUUUCUUUGCCUUCCAAACACCAACAACCUAGUCCAUCUAUUGCCAUCUUUAUUGACCAUAGAAGACAUGUCCAUGUGGAGCAUGCAGAUAAAUUGGUCAUUCAUUGAAACUGAGGCCUGAGCGUAAUGUUUCCAUGGGCUGCCUGCCUUGACAAAUGGCACAUAUGACCUUGGUCCACUGUUAUUAGAAAUUAAAGGGAGGGAUGUAUUCUCGUUAUCUCAACGAGUCUACAUAGAAAGUAAAGAAGGUUCCAGGUUGGGAAUUACUACUAUAUUACAGCUGGCAUGGCAUAGGUAUUGGAUACACAGAAAUUCAAUGUUUUCACCGUCUCCCUAUCGAGAAUUAAAACUGUCACUUAAUGUUAGCCCAAUGAUCUCCUGAGUUGGUCGUGUCCAAACAGAAAGCACAAAUUUUAUGUUAUUAAGUUAUUAUAUGAUCCGCAUCUUCUGAAGCAUCAGAGUCAAAAGUCCACGCUUAUCUUUCAUCUGCGAAAUUUCUCAUACGUCACAUUUGCAUACCUUCUUCCUUCACAAAUCACUUUCCUAUCUUAAUUUCUGCAUAUAAAAAUUCUUAAUCACCUCCAAAAUCAGCUUACCCAUUUUCAUUUCCUUUCCACUUUUCCCAUUUCCAUCCUAGUAGCAACAAUGCCGUUAAAAGUCCUUUCUGCCCUUGACUCCGCAAGAACUCAGUACUACCACUUCAAAGCCAUCAUCGUUGCAGGGAUGGGCCUCUUCACCGACGCCUACGAUUUCUUCUGUAUCCCUCCAAUUACUAAACUCAUCGGGAGGAUAUACUACGAGAACCACCCCGAACCCGCCAAAUACGAUAUCCCAACCCCCGUCCUCGCUUUCAUGGUCAGCACCGCCCUUCUCGGCACCGCAAUAGGUCAGGUGGUGUUCGGUAGACAAGGUGACCGAAUGGGAAGGCGCAGUGUUUAUGGACUCGCAUUGAUGCUGAUGGUGUUGAGUUCUCUGGGAUGCGGGUUUUCGAUAUGCAGGACCCGUAACUGCGUUCUGGUGAGUUUUACGUUCUUUAGAUUCCUUCUGGGUGUGGGUAUCGGAGGGGAUUAUCCGUUAUCGGCAACGAUCAUGUCGGAGUUCGCGAACAGGAGGACUCGAGGGUCUUUCAUAGCCGGAGUGUUUUCGAUGCAAGGAUUUGGGAUCUUGGCGAGCUCAGCAGUGACCAUGGUUGUGUGUAAGAUAUUCUGGAAUGCAUCAGCGAAUUUGAGGAAUGAUCGUACGCCUGAAGAUGCUGAUCUUACAUGGAGGUUGAUACUGAUGUUGGGUGCAAUUCCGGCGUCUCUCACCUUUUAUUGGCGUAUGAUGAUGCCUGAAACUGCCAGAUACACAGCCCUAGUGGAGAAUAAUGUUCUACAGGCAGCUAAGGACAUGGAGAAGGUAUUAGACGUUCCAAUGAGCCAAAUAGCAGAAGACGAGCAAUGGUCACAAGAUCGACCAACCUAUCCCCUUCUCUCCAGAAAAUUCUUUCGCCUCCACGGCCGACACCUCUUCUCUUGUUCUCUCAAUUGGUUUCUCCUCGACAUGGUCUUCUACAGCAGCAACCUCUUUCAGUCCCAGAUUUACAGCCAGUUCCUUAAACUCAAAGACGUCAACGUCUAUGAAGAAGCUUUCAAAAUCGCCCGCUUCCAAGCCAUCGUCGCAGUCUGCUCCACCAUUCCUGGGUAUUACUUCACUGUCUAUUUCAUAGAUCGCAUUGGAAGAAGAAAAAUACAAAUCAUGGGCUUUCUGUUCAUGGGUAUAGUUUAUUUUGCCCUUGGAAUUCCUUACCAUUAUUGGGGGCGGCACACUAAUGCAGCUUUCUUAUUCCUAUAUGCACUCACAUUCUUCUUUGCCAAUUUUGGACCAAACACCACAACAUUCAUAGUCCCUGCCGAACUUUUUCCAGCUAGAUUUAGGUCAACAUGUCAUGGGAUUUCGGGAGCUAUUGGGAAGAUGGGGGCACUGAUAGGGUCUCUUGGGGUUUUGUGGGCUUCAAAGGAACGAGAUGACAAUGAUUAUCCAAAAGUUAAACCAAUGAGAGUUGCUUUGGUGGUUUUGGGUUUGGUUUGUCUUGUGGGAAUGGUGGUGAGCUAUGUAUUCACACCCGAAACCAUGGGAAGAUCAUUAGAGGAGAAUGAGAAUGAAGAUGAAGAUGAUGAGGAGCAGCUUUGUUCGGGAUGUUUUGCUGGUGCUAGUGGCCGCUCCGACUCGGCAGAAGUCAUCGCUAUUUAAUUUAGCGCACUUGUUAAUGACUUCCUCUUUGUACACGCCAUGCAUAGAUAGCUAUAGCCUCAGCUUCUCCAUCUUCGUGUUGUAUAUGUACGUAUAUAUAUACUAGGCUUGCAGCAGAGAUACGAUGUUAGCUUAAUUUGAGAUGUAGUUUUGUUUUUGUUCCAUAUGUUAUGGUUAAAGAACUGCAAGACUGCUUACAUGAGAGAAUAGUAUAUGAAAUUGAAAUGGGUGAUUACUCAUUAAAUUUGGAGAAGUUUUUUUAUACAA